GAUUCACUUUGUUGUGUAGGUCACAGUAUCGUAUCAAACGCGCACUGCCGCAGCCUGUUUAGUUGCAAAGUCUUCAUUCACAUCUUGAUUCUAAUCACUUGCUUUGCUAGUCGACUCUUACAAACCCAUAUAAAGUUCCACUAUACACUGGGAUAUACUCGCAGCGCAAGUUGGGCCUGCGGCGAAGUAUACAUGACUAAAAAAAAGUAGGGAAGUUAGGAGGGGAUUUGGUGAAAGCCCCUCCCACACUGUAUCCUCCCGAGGCGAGUUGUUAUUAGUUACGGAGGCCUGUGUGUUAACGUUAAGAAGUUUAAUGGCAGCAGCAACUCGCACCCCAGUCACUCAGCAAAUCAAUGUGGAGGAACACACAGAGGAAGUGUUCCCUGCUGCUGCCUUGUUCCACCCGGACUUGGAACUGGCUGCCGACUGCCUGCUGUGGGACCGACAUGGGAGGAGCCGCCGCUUUGGUGAUUUAUACCGGGAACGCAAAACUAUCGUGGUGUUCGUGCGGAAUUUCCUCUGUUACACAUGUAAGGAAUAUGUGGAAGAUCUUGCCAAGAUUCCCUCAAGUGCCCUGGAGGAUGCAAAUGUGAGAUUAAUCGUUAUUGGACAGUUAUCAUACAUACAUAUUGAGCAUUUUUGCUCCUUAACAGGUUACCCCUAUGAAAUGUAUGUUGAUACUGACAGAACGAUUUAUAGUAAGCUGGGUAUGAAGAAGGGAGAAACUUCAACUUCUUCAGGUAACAGAGUCCAAUUUUUGCAUCGUGAUAUGAACAGAUUGGACCAGACUCCCAUUAAUUCCCUAUUACAGAAUGCAGGGGUACAGGCACUUCAUUUUGGUGACAGACCUGUCAUAGUAGAUGUGUGAUGGCCUGGUCAUGCGAAAUUCCUUCAGGAGCAAAUCAACUAGACCAGUGGCAAUAUUUUCUAGAAAGACACAGCUGGGCCCAUUUACUGUAUCAACACUGGGAACAUUUGCACAUGGGCAGUAACCAGUGGAAAUCAAUUUUUUAUGUGCUACCUGCAUCUUGUUGAAAAAUGCAAAUCACUGAAUGGUUACUAUGGAUUACUGUCCAUUGUUGCUUUAUGAGCUCUAGAGCCCAGGAGAGCUACAACUUAAUAUAGUUAUUAUUCUAUAUUAUUAUAUUUUGUUGUUAGAUUUGUAUAUUGUACAUUUUAUACAGGCCUCAAUUAUGUGAUGGAUAGAGAAAAUAAAAGCAUACUGUUUAUA